CAAUAAUUAUUUGAUUUUGCGAAAAAUCGAAAAUGUAAUUCUCUCAAGUUUAAUGAGACCGGAAAAGAUUACAGUAAAUAUAGAUAUCAAUUAAUUAUACUAUUAGACUUUGCUCUUUACUCGAAUUCAACUUAUUACAUCGAGUGCAAUGGCUUGCGUGAUUUAUUAGUAUUAAUAUAAGUUAUUUAUUCAUAUCAUACGGAGAUAUUAUGAAAUAUAAAUAUAAAAUAUUAAAAUAAAUUCUACGAAUUAUUAAACGGAAUUGAAUUUUACGAAAAAUGGCAAGAAUUUUAGUGUUUUUUAAUUUAAUUUUCUCUAAAGUUGAACAUAAAUUAAUUAGGCCUUUAAAAUGUAUGGACAGGCAGAUUUCCAUGAAUUUACUAGAAGCGGAUAUAAAUACAAGACCAGCUAAUAGUAAUGGGUUAUGGUGCCACAUUUUACUACCUACAGUUUUACUCAUUUACACUUGUUUUGAUAAUGUAACACUACUCUAUAAAAUAACGUCCCUAAUAUCUGUUGGUUUGUUAUGUUAUUGUGUACUGUUCAUAUUAUUUCUUGCAACAUCAAGUGUUGUUCUGAAGGAGCCAAUUUAUUCAGGAUGCUUUGCAUCUAGCAUAGUAGCUGCUAUACUUUUAAACCUCUUAUUAGGACAAGGAUUAUUAUUUUCAUUAUCUGUAACAUUUCUAUCAACAAUACUUUUUGCCUGGGUGCUUCGAUUAUGUAUAACUAAAUGCCAGAAGACAUUCACUGUUGGUGAAGCAAUGAUAGUGUCCCAGAGUAUUGUUUUGUUUACUGAAAUGUCUGUGAUCAAAUUCCUCUUUAACAUGCACAGUGAUGAUGAGGAAAUGGAAUUUAUUAGUUCAAUUGUCUAUACAAUAUUAUCAACCGUGGGAUUAAUUGUUACAGCACUGUUCAUCCUGAAAGAUUCACAGAGAAAUUUGAAGACACUUGUGUACAUUGUUGGAUCUGCCAUUGUAUUUGUAUUAUUCAUUUUACAUUCUUUAUUCGGUCCCAAUUUUGUGUCCACAAUAUUAAAUUAUGUAUUCGUGAAGCAUAAUCGGGCACAAAUAUUUACAUUCUGGCUUAUGUUACUAAUCCUGGCGGUAUGCGCAUUACUAGUGCGCACAAAACUGGCGAUCAAAGCGAGUACAGUCACUAGGAAGACAUUUCACGUAUUAGCCUCCCUCGUGUUUCUCUCUGGGAUCAUGUUUGAUAUAUAUUUAAUGACGCUUGCUGCGGGAAUUGGCCUUGGAGUUUUGAUAUUUGUAGAGGCUUUAAGAAAGUCGGGCAUAGAACCGAUAUCUUCAGCUCUGCAGUCAGCGUUCUUAAUCUAUAGUGAUGAAAAGGAUUGUGGUCUGUUUGCAAUGACGCCUCUAUAUCUAUAUGCGGGGUUGGCUUUCCCGUUGCUGGUAGUACCUAACCGAGAGGACAGGCAAUUAGAACUGCUAAGUGGAGUGCUAUCUAUUGGUGUAGGAGACACAGCUGCAAGUUGGUUUGGAUCCAGAUUUGGAUUUAAUAAAUGGCCAGAUAGUAAUAAAACAUUAGAGGGCACGGUAUUUAAUAUAUUUUCACAGAUAGGAACUGUGUAUGCCUUGGAGUUGUUUGGCGUGCUGCAUGCGUCUAGCGCGCUGCUGCGCUGCAGCGUGUGCGCGUGCGCAGCGGGGGCGCUGGAGGCGCGUACGGCGCAAGUCGACAACCUCGUGCUGCCGCUCGCCGCGCUCGCCGCGUUGCAGGCCACCCGUCUGCUCUGCUAGCACGUAGCUUCUUAGUCUGUGGCUGUUGUGGGACCCGCUUGAGAAUUUUCAUUAUGUUAAUCUCAUGGAUAAAUGCCAUCAGCACAUAGUGACUUCACGAUUACGGUGACAAGAAAAUUACUAACCAAGUUUGACCGUUGGCAUCGCAAAUUAUUGCAACCCUAAAUAAAUGACAUAAGGGCAAGUAAAUGGUUAGUAUGUCUCAAUAUCAGUAAUUCUACCACUAAACUUCCACUACCAAUAAUUCGUAUUAUUGUGUUACAGUGAAUAACUAAGUGUCAGUUUUAUUUUUUUUACAUCACCAAUAUCUGGCUAGAGGUCACCUCAUCAAUUGUCUUUGUGCAUUUCUAACUUUAAUCAAUAUAAUUGUACACCAAAAAUUAAUAAUAAAAACUUAAAGCAUUUAAAUCAGUACCUAUUCUAGACCCAUUUGUGAUAAUGUACAUGUACAACGUUUUAUUAUAUUUUAACCCUCUUACCACUAAUUGUAUAGCAAUUAUAGUUUAUUAUCCAAUUAUUUUCUUCUUUUGACUGCAAAUUUACCGGUGACAGAAAGUGCUAAAUCUGUGUGUAAUUAACCAUACUAAUAUUCUAAAUGGAAUAGUCUCUCGGUCAGUUUAGUGGUUCCAAAAUUGAUCAAUUUUGAUAUGAACCCCAAGAAACGGCAUUGGCUACUUUUUUAUACUUGACAUCUGAUUCCGCCAAUUUCAAAAAGUGGGGUGGCGGGAAACUUGUUUUAAAUCAAGAAAAUGAUUUUGACUUUACUAAAAAACUUUUAUACUGUCCUUAUAUUGUUGUUAUUCAAAUAAGGAUAUCGGAUCUUAUAUCAUAAUUAUAUUUUUAUACACUGUUGUCAUAAUGAAAACGUUAAUUAUUAUGAGUUACACUAGUCAUGUUAUUGUGUGUGUGUAAACAUGUUACACACAAACAAGUUAUGGUAAUACAUACCAAUGAUUUUUAUAGAUUGAUGAUAUAAUAAAUGAUGUUCCUUUUAAUGAUAAUAUGUAAUGUUACAAAUAAGCUUCAAAACUGACAUAAAUUCAUGUUUUUAAAUGUAACUAAUUUUUACCAUAAAAGUGAGAUCGAAAAUGUCUGAGGGUUUUUAAAAUAUUUUUAAUUUAAUGAAAAAAUUACUAAUAUCAUGUUAUAUUUAAAGAUAUAAAACAGUGUUUCUUUAAUAUUUGUACUAGCAA